AAAAAAAAAACAAAAAGAGCAGUAAAUUUUUUAAUUGACAGUUUUUACAGCAAAAAUUACAAUACAAUAAUCUUCAGGAAUCCAAUUGUCAGUGGGAAAUUAUGGAGAUGUUAGGCAAGCAUAGAGGGCAAACACUUUAAUAACGACAACGGAGGCGACUGAGACAACUGAGACGACGACGGUGAAUACUAAACAAAACUAAUAGCGACAGCAACAGCAACAGUAGCAGCAGUGCUGGUACCAGUGCCUGUAGAUGUAGCGUUGGCUGCGGCUGUGGCGACAAUGUUCUUUGUAACAAGCUCGUGAAAUUGUUGUUUUUGUUGAAAACAUUUAUCGAUCACACGUCGAACGAAACGGAGCACUCGGUCGGCUAACAUAUAACAUGGUUGUAUAAAAAGAAAAAUUAAAUAUUCAUUCUCAAGAAGCAAAACGGAAGCUUUGCGGUCGUAGAACAAAACGGAAAAUUCAAAAAUAUAAAUCAAAACAACGUAAAUAAAUAAAUUAAACUACCACAAACGGAACGGAAUAGUCGCUUAGUCACGGAAAAUGAGCUAUUAAGUGCAGUGCGAAGAAUUUAAUGCAAGUGCGUGUGUACUGACGGAUAGGUAAAUGUAUUAAAUUUUGCAAAAGUAAGCAAAACGUUAGCGCACUUGAAAACUAAUAGGGCCCCUAAGCAAGCAGUUAAGUAGGCUGCUGCCUGCAGCCAUAAUUUGUUUAAAACCCUUAAUACACCCACCAAACGACGACGACGACGACGACGACGUGUGGCAUUCGAGCAGCAAGAACAUUGAAAAGGAAGAACGGAAGGAAGGAAGGAAGCAGCCAGAGGAGGAAAGGAAUUAUCUGCUAUUGCCACAACGAAAAAGACUUCACGAGCUGAAUAUGCGAAAUACAAAGGUAGAGUGUCAACGGUUCCGUACAUUUUUAUUUGCUGUCAAUACAAACUCAAAUGGAAGCAGAAAAACAAGAAUAGAAUUUUAAAAAAAUUAGUAAGGAAUAACAAAAAAGCACAGACAAACUGCAAAUACGCCCCAAAGCGUUUAAGUAUUUCAAGAACAGCAACAAAUUCAUACUAAAAAUACAAGUUACAGCAAGCGCAUAAACGCAAUACAGCGGCAAAAGCGGAAGUGAGGAGCAACAGAGGCAGUAAUUGGCAGGCAGAUAUAAAAUAGUCAAAAAAAUACGUACAACAAAUUAUACAUAAAAACAUCGCAUAGAAGAAAGCAGCAAUGGACAGCUGGUACGGCACAUUGGCGAAAAAAUAAGAAAAUAUUAGAUAAAGCGCCGAGAAGAGUGACAAAGGAAAGUCUCAUGUACAUACAUAUGCAUAUAUGUUCGUAUGUAUAAACAACAGCGAGUAGAAAAUAAGCUACAGAAUACACCCGAACAAAGAGUCAAUAAGAUGCUUGGAAAAUUCAUUUAUCAAAAAUAAAAGCAAUAUUUUAAAUUACUACGCAGCAAAUAAGCAUCUUUUCAGGAAUCAACACACAAAUUUCAACUCAACUGAAAAACAGCAAAUAAACCAAACACGCUGCAAUGCAAUGCCAAACAAACUCCAACUGAUGAAAUUUUUCCAACAGACUUAAAAAAUUCAUUUCAUUGCAAAUUUUAAGACACAAAAGCACUAACUCACCUCUUUGAUUGCGCGCGUAUUUUUUAUUAAAUAUACGCAAAGGCAGAAAUAUUAAAAAUAUAGUGUAAUGUUAUUUAAAUACUGCAGAAUAUUCAUAUAAAAUCGGUUAUCCGGUAGCACAUAAAAAGUAAAUGAUAAAAAAAAGCUCAAGUGCACUGCAUAGUAACUGCAGCGCAUAGCCAUAGCACAUACGAACAAAUAGUAAAAGCAAAUAAAACAAAAACAUCAUUGAAAUAAAACAAAACAAAAAUACAGCCAUUCCAUUCGAUAACGACAACAAAACAAAGUGAAUAAGAAUAUCAAAAAAUUAUCAAAUAAAUAAUAUCAAUAGCAAAUAUAUACUCAUAGUAGUCGCACUCAUUUUGCGAGCAAAGCACGGCGUACUCAGAGCGUCAAUAGCGGCGCUGGUUACAGCGCACCGAAACUGUCAUACGUUUGUCGCUCUCAUGCCCGCAAGUAAGCUUGGAGCGCUCAUCACUCAGCCACCCCUGAAGGAGAAUAACUACUGCCGCUGCUGGCACAACUCAACUUAGCAGUUGUGCGGCACACUUCGGCAACGAAGAGCGGCAAUAGUGUUGUAGCGGCCCACCACCCAACAACCAGCCAAGUAACCAACAGCGCGAGCGAACAAAUGUGUGGAGUCAAUGAGGCAACGAAUGUCAGCCGUCGUAGUCAGUGAGAUAAACCUUAAACAACGCCGAAAUCCAAAAGGAAGAAAUUUAAAUUAAUAUUGAACUUUGCUGAACCGUAACAAUUGACCAUCAAUAAUCGUGGUUGCAAGUUCUAGAGCUGCGCUCUUACAAAAAAAAACACCAAAAAUAUAUUACGCACAUAAAUAUAAAACAACAAAAGAUAUUCAACCAGAACCGUUUGUUUAAAGAAAAAGUUAAAGUUAAAUCAGAAAGCAAAAGGGAAAAAAAAGAGAAAGCGUAGAGUAGAAGACAAAAAGGCAAAUAAAAAAUAAAAGCAUGGUCCUGGUGUAGUGGUGAAGAACGACAAGAAGAAGCACACAAGCAAAUAUACAUUUUUUAAAACACAAUCGUGUGAAUGCACAAGAAUAAAGUGAGAACCAAUGUUUUAGAUAGAGUAAUGAAAAAUACUUAAAUUCUAAAAAGUCAACCACUUAAGAAAUAAGUAAAAGGAAAAGUGAAGACACUAAGUUGAAGAAAAGUUUAAAACUCUAAAAAAUUUAAUACCUCUAGCAUAACAAAACGUCACGUUAUUCAACCUAACUAAGAAAUAGCAUUAAGAAAAAAAAUGGGUGAUACAAAUACUCUGGGUUCCGGUACGCGUUUACGUAAAUUCGAUCGUACGGACAGUGAAGUUGCGUGUGAAGAAGCCGCCCGCCUGACCGCCGACCUGCAAGAGGGUACCGUCAGUCCGGACGACGAUGACGACCUCAGUGAAUAUGCCGAGCUGCCACCACCGCCAGAUGGUGGUUACGGUUGGGUUAUCUGCUUCGCAUCGUUUAUGUGCAACAUGAUUGUUGACGGUAUCGCGUACACGUUUGGCAUAUUCCUUGGUGAAUUCGUCGAUUAUUUUGGUGAAGGCAAAGGUAAAGUGGCCUGGGUAGGCAGUCUAUUGAGUGGUGUUUACCUGAGUGCUGGUCCGAUUGUGUCCGCAUUAGCGAAUAAAUUUGGUUGUCGCACGGUGUGCAUCGCGGGUAGCGUUGUGGGAUGCAUUGCAUUCGUGUUGAGCACGAUGAGCACGUCCAUCAAUAUGCUGAUGUUGACGUAUGGUGUGAUCGGUGGUUUUGGCUUCGGUAUGAUUUAUUUGCCAGCAGUUGUAGCCGUCGGUUACUACUUUGAAACAAAGCGUUCGUUGGCAACUGGUAUUGCAGUGUGUGGCUCAGGUUUUGGUACUUUUGCCUUCGCGCCAUUGGCUACGUACUUGUUGCAGCUGUACGGCUGGAAGAAUGCGCUGCUCAUCUUUGCUGGGCUCAUUUUGAAUUGCGCCAUUUUCGGUGCUAUGAUGCGCCCGCUCACCUACCCCAAAAAGAAGAAGGUCAAACCCCUCAUGCAGCGUAUGUACGAGGAAAAGCAGUUGCAAUUAGAACGCGGCUCAAUUGUUGGUUCGCACUUCAUGGUACAAUUACCAGAUGGCACGAUGGAACGCAAAAUGAAAAUGCCACUGAACGCCGAUCCUGGAGUGCACUCCAGUCUCAACUUAGAGCUGCUCGCACAACAGGGCACUCUACAACCCGUUUCAACCCUACCAACCAUCACCGAAGCGAAAGUUGCCGAAUAUCAAACUGGAGCCCAGAGCCCGCCAACUGUGGAUAGCAACGGUCAAUUGGAUGUGAGGCGUAGCGGUGGCAGGCGAUCGCAUCGCAACUCCGAAACUGAAACCAGCCCCUACAACUCGUCAGACGUAAUGACUCGCAACGCCUCACAGCCCGCCUUUAUGGCUGAUCAUCAAAGUCUUCCAAAGAAUGGUUCGGUGCCUUCCUUUAACCGCGUACGCAAAACAUCAGCCAGUGAACGUUUUCAACCAUCCUUGGCAGCCAUUCGCGCAUCAUCACGCGGUGAUCUCGACAGCAAUGGUGUAGAAAUGGGUUUUACCUCAUCGAAAAUGUCACUUUCACAACGUCAGGAUAGUGGCAAAAUGGUUAGACCGAUGUCACGUAAAGAUAUUUUCUAUUCGGGAUCCGUUACAAAUCUGCCACAAUACCAAUCGCAGAAGUCGCUCACUAACUAUCGCAAUUCCGUUCUAUCGCUAACCAAGUAUGAGAAGAGCAUGCAAAGCGUGCGUGUGCAUGAUCCCCUAGCCGAAGCGGAAAAAGGACGAGACCAAUACGAUCUGUGCCCAUGCCUCGCCAUACCCGACUCCAUCAAAUCCGUUUUCAAUACAAUGUUGGACGUCAGCCUGCUUAAGGACCCAGUUUUCAUGCUCAUCGGCAUCUCCAACAUAUUCGGCAUGGCGGGACUGUAUGUGCCAUUUGUGUAUCUGGUGGAUGCGGCAAAAAAGGACGGCAUUGAAGAAGGUUCAGCAUCGUUUCUACUCUCAAUUAUCGGCAUAACAAACACAUUUGGCAGAGUAAUUUGCGGCUAUGUAGCAGAUUUCCCCAGAGUCGACUCGCUAUUUCUCAACAAUGUUUGCCUACUAGUUUCGACUGUUGCUGUGACAUUAACGCCGCUGUGUUCUUCCUACGGUGCCUAUGUGACCAUGGCCGUUUUCUUUGGUGCCGCUAUCUCCGGCUACAUUUCGCUGACGUCAAUUAUUCUAGUCGAUCUACUGGGCCUUGACAAGCUCACCAACGCAUUUGGGCUGCUCAUUUUAUUCAGAGGUUUUGCCGCCAUCAUUGGAUCGCCACUCGCAGGCGCCGUUUACGAUGCAACACAAAGCUACGAUUUGCCAUUCUACAUGGCUGGUGGAUUAUUCGCGCUAUCUACCAUCACAAGUUUCUUAGCACCCUGCCUAAAGCGAUGCACCACCUCCGAUGAAACACCGAUGCAAAUUGAUACACUCACGCCCAUUGACGAAGAGCAAGGCGAAGAAGCAGAGGACGAGGAGGACCAACCCAUAACCAUUGUACCAAAAAUUGUGAAAACCCUACCCAGCCCACAAAACGAAGAAGCAGAAAGGAGAUUUUUAAAUGAACCCAACAAAACUGGCGCGGAAUCGAAGUUAUAAGAGAAGUAUAAUCAUGAACUUGGAAUUAUAUCCUACGAUUAUAUUUGAGAAUGUUAAUUAAGCAAACGAGCCAGAUAAGGGUUAAAUGAACGGGGAAAGUGUCACGGUAACAGCGAAAGACUGUGACUAAUACAUACACAUACACAUACAUACAUACAUAGUACAUCUAGGUAAAGUGCAACGCUGUCAAGACUACAAGCCAGAGCGAUAUUUUUUUAAAUAACUAUCCAAUGUUAAACUUGAAAGGUGAAAAUCAAAUAUCUAUACACAGAAAUAAUCGCAGAACUUAUUCAAUAUUUAAGCUAACUUUUAAUACGCAUACACACAAUACACUCACACAAACACACACACAAAUUUAAAAUUCUAGCCACUAGCUAAUUAUUAAUAAUUUAUAGAAAUAAAAAUAGCUAAUCGAAACAGUAAACUCGCGUUACAGCAUCGGGCAGAGUAUUGAGAAGACCCAAUUCGAAGCCUACUCGCAUGAGUUUGUAUCCAAGCAAAAAGUACCAAAAAUUUCGAACCAAAUUACUAUUGUACUAUACUAAUGUAUAAAAUAUUUUAAUGUGAAUGCAAACGAAAAUGUUGAACGAUUAUUAUUUGUUGUUAUGGAACCUUCAGCAUUAUUACAAAGUAUAUGUAAAUGUGAAUUUAUAAAGAGAAAAAGCAAAUUGUAAAAUGUAAAAUGUAAAAUGGUAGAGAUUAGAAGAAGAAGCGACAGAGAUACGUCGAUUCGCUCCAAAUCCUUUUAAAUCGGUAAUGUACUUGAAGUUUAUGUGUAUAGUGCUAGGCGUACAUAUGUAGAAUGAGAGUGAAUGUGAAUGUGAAGCGAAAAUAGUAUUGUUUACAAGCAACUCAAAACUGUAUACAUACAUACAUAUUUAUACGUUAAUGUGCAAAUAAUUUCGAUUCGAUGAAAUAAUAAAAACACUGUUAACUCGUUGAAAACGACUUUGUCGAUGUGUCGCUUAUAAAUACAUAUAUACAAACAUAUAUAGAUGUCCAUAAGUCAGUUAAUUAUUAAUGCUCUAAUAUAUUUUUUUAGAAUUUUCCUAAAUGCGUCUUCUUUUCCAGCUAUCCUUUGAUAUUUAUUACAAAGUGCUCAAAACGAAAAGCGUUUGACGAUUGUGAACAGUAAAUUUUUACUCGUAUAAAAUGCAUCCUGCACGGCAGGCUAUUCACCUCAGUGCGGAUUGCCAACAUUUUUUAUUUAAGUAGAAUUUAAUUGCAAAUGCAAAUGCAAAUGAAAAAUAGAAUAAACGAAGCAAAUAUAGGUACGCUAAGUACGCAAAAGCAACAAUGUGAAGCAACGGAAUCAAUAAGCACAGCGUUUAAGCUGGCACCGAAUUCUAGGCAUAUAAACGCAAAGAACUAAUUAAAAUAUGAUAAAUAAUUAUAUAAAAUAGAAAAUAUAAGUAUACAACCUUAAAAACAACAUUGAAAUUGGAAAAUGUACAAAAUAAAAAGUAAUAAUAAUAAAAACGUUAGAAUUCGAUAUUUAGAAACUUGUUAUUAGUAUUAUUUAGAAACAAGAAACAAGAAACAAAAAGAGAAAAUAGCGAUGAAAUAUGAAAAUGACUAUUAAUUUAAUAUUAUUUGAACUUUGCCAUUGUAUGAAUUAAUGCAAAUGGUUGUCCAUCAGUUUUGAAAAUUAAUUUAUAAUUUCAAAAAUUGCCAGUCACUAAAAAACAAAACAAAAUCUAGUGCAGCAUUUUUUUGUCGCAUACAAUACUGUGAGAUAUACAUUAAUAAAAAAUUGUAUAAUAAAUUGAAUAUGCAAUGCAUGAUUUGCCAAGAA